AAACGUGAAAUUGUCAUAAAAACGUCUGUCCCAAAGCUUGGUUUGCAACACUACUCGUCUUACUACCCAUUUAAGGAACUACUAGCCCAAGUAUCAUAUGUCUUCACGAAUUCAAAUCCAUAUCUCGACUAUCCUCGCCCAACAAUCCACAAAUCCAUCGACAUCGGUGGAAUUGCCGUAUCGCUCGAUUCGAGUCGCAACAAACUACCAAAGAAACUUGACGAAAUUAUCAAUUUGAGGGAAAAGAAUGUGAUCAUUUCCUUCGGUACCGUAGUGAAGUCAUGUUAUAUGCCGGAUGAAUACAAAAAAUCUCUUUUGAAAGUGUUUGAGAUGAUGCCUGAUACGACAUUCAUCUGGAAAUACGAAAUUGAUGAUUCUGAAAUGAUCAGAAACCUGUCAAACGUCUACCUAAGCGCUUGGCUUCCACAAAACGCUAUUCUAGCGGAUUCACGAAUAACUGCAUUCGUCACCCACGGUGGUCUUGGCAGUACCACGGAAAUCGCCUAUAUGGGCAAACCAGCAGUUAUGGUGCCAUUGUUUGCUGAUCAAAUUCGGAAUGCAAAUAUGUUGGCAAAGCACGGUAGCGCGAUAGUACUGGGGAAAUACGACUUGGGCAAUGCUGACAAGUUACUGUCCGCUAUAGAGAAUGUAAUCAAUGAUAAAAGUUAUACAACGAAUGCCAAGUUGCUUGCCGAUAUGCUUCUCAAUCAGCCAAUAAGUUCUAAGCAGUUGAUGCUCCGACAUGCAGAAUUCGCAGCUCGUUUCGGACGCAUACCAAAUCUGGAUCCCUAUGGACGUCAUUUGACAACGAUACAGUAUUACCUUAUUGAUCUGAUCUUCCUAGCGAUAAUUGCAUUAGUUUCUAUUGUUAUCGUAUCCUAUCUUGCUCUCAGAACCAUUUACCGAUUGACUGUUCCUAAGACAAAAACUGAUUAA